AUGAAUGAAGAAACGCAAACCAUAUCCGAGUUCAAUCAUCUGCUCAUGUCUUUAGUUUCAGCAGAUGAAUUCGAAUUGGCGUCGAAUCUGAAAUCCAAUUUAUCAUCCUUUGGGCUAAUCCCCAAUGAUUGGACGUAUUCGAUUUUUGUGAACUUCUACUGCAAGAAAAACGAUCCCACAGAAGCGAAAAGCGUUCUUGAUUACAUGCUUGAAAAUGGGUUCGAGCCCAAUGUUGCCACUCUGACCACAUUGAUCAAUACAUUUUGCGAAAAUGGGCGGCUGCAAGAUGCCUUUAAGGUGUUCGACAUAAUGUCUAGCAUAGGAUGCGAGCCCACAAUCAACACAUACAAUUGCCUGCUGAAGGGGCUGUGCUAUGUUGGGAGGGUAGAAGAGGCUUAUGACUUGAUGGGCAGCAUCAAGAAAUCGUCCAUGAAACCGGAUAUCUACACCUACACCGCGGUGAUGGAUGGUUUUUGCAAAGUUGGGAGAAUACACGAGGCAUUUGAAUUGCUCUUCGAAGCUAUAGAAAUGGAGUUGUCACCAAACGCAGUCACUUACAACACUCUGUUUAAUGGCUACUUCAAGGAAGGCAGGCCGUUGCGCGGUUUUGGUCUAUUGAGGCGAAUGAGGGAAAGGGAAUGCAAGCCUGAUUACGUUACCUACAGUACAUUCUUGCACGGAUUGUUGAAAUGGGGUAAAAUGAAAGCAGCUCUGUCGAUCUAUAAAGAAAUGAUCGAAACAGGCUUCCGAGUGGAUGAGAGGAUGAUGAACACCUUGUUGAGAGGCUUGUGCAGGUGGUCGAGGGAGGAGAAAGAGCUGCUGAAAGACGUGCACAACGUGUUUGAAGAAAUGAGGCAGAGAAAUUAUACCGUUUGCCCCGAUGCAUAUGAUCUGGUGGUUGAAGCCUUGUGCAGUGGAAGGGAGAUGGAAAAGGGAUUUGAAAUCUUGAAUGAGAUGAUUACAAUUGGAUAUUCGCCCAAGACGUUUACAUUCAACAUUGUCAUUAAAUCUCUUUGCGGGAUCGGAGAAGUUGAUAGGGCAUUAGCAAUAUUCAAGCUAAUGCACAAAAACAGGGACCCGAGAGGGAUUCCUUUCAAUGCCUUGAUCAAUCAGUUGAAUCGAAGAGGACGGUUAUUAGAGGCUCGUUUUGUUUAUGCGGUUGCGUUGAAGAGAGGUGUGGUGCCUAAGAGUAAACCUAGCAAAUACUUGAUCGUGCAUCACAAGUAA